GGCGACCCCCCCCCUGUGGGAUUGUCACGUGCAUCUAUCAACCCUGUACACAGCUGAUCGUGACGUCACUCACCAACAUGGCGGACUGGAACAGAGGUCAUGGCUCUGUGGACGACAUGCUGGAUGCUGAAAACAAACGGCUGGCUGAGAACCUGGCCACCAAAGUCUCCAGACUGAAAUCUCUUGCAUACGACAUCGAUAGAGAAGCUGAUGAUCAGAACGAGUACCUGGACGGCAUGGACUCAAACUUCCUGAGUGCGACGGGGCUGCUGACUGGCAGCGUGAAGCGUUUCUCCACCAUGGUCCGAUCCGGCCGAGACAACCGCCGCAUCCUCUGCUACGUCUCUGUGGGCCUGGUCCUGGUCUUCUUCUUGUUUUACUACCUGGUCUCCAGGAUUCAGCGCUGAUAGGAAAAACCAGAUCAGACCAGGAGCUGGUCCUGAUGUGGAGCUGAGACCAUGGACACACAUGUGAUGGGUUUAAAUCAACUCUGUGGUUCUCCUGCACAGAAGAAGACUUUUUAUUCCACCAAAGUGAGAACAGAAAGGAGACUGAAAACAUUUUGAUGAUUGGGGGUUGUCGAACAGCUCAGAAGUGGAAAAAGCUGUGGGCGUGGUCGUACCACAGAUACAGGUGUCUAUUAAAAAAACAUGCUUGGACUUCAGGGCUUUUCCAUUGGGUACUAUCUUUCUCUCUUCCCGCUGAAUGCAGCUCAGGUGGGAGAUGGCCCCCGGCACAGCUGAGUGUGAUAGGCUGAUAAACUUGCCCCAAAACAUGUUUCAUCACAGAGAAGCUGUGUCUUAAUUCCUGACUGCACAAUAAUAUAAAGCAAGUUUUAUGUUGCAGCUACAGUUCAAAUUGCAAAUAUGACAAAAUUACAACAAAUAUAUUGCAUACUAAAAAAAAAGCUCUUUUUUUUUUUUUUAAGUGUGCUGCUGUUGAUGUAUGCUAUUAUCUCACACCAAUGCACGAAGAAAAUGAAGAAAACUGCAAAAAAUCUAAUUAAAGUGCAAGUUUGGUGGUGAGACAUCCACAGAGGUCAAGAGGGGGAAGUAUGUGCUUUUUCUUUGUGAAUGUUUAAUUGGCAGUGUUAUUCCAAGGUCAAAGUUUGGUCAGCGUCUGCAUACAUAUUUUAGUAUUUCCUUUCCAAAAAGGAACUAAAACCAAACUAAAAACUAAAUUAAUAUAUAAUAUGCACACUCUGUCAAUUUGGAUGUAGUGUGAAAUUGGGAUACAGUAGGUGACAAUCUGCUGGCGAGAGCAGGAAGCAAGCCAGGUGACGUUGCCAAGUUUUUAAGAAGUGACAAUCAAUUUUUUUUGGACAUCUUAAUACAAUAUGUUAACAAACGUUUGUAUUAGUUGGCAGAUAGCUCUUGUGAAAUGCAAACACUCACAUACUUUUAACAUAUGUUUAUAUUUUUUAAACAACCAAAAAACAUUUUAAACGUUUGUCUUUUCAGUAACUUUGCUUUAAUGAGCAGUUUUAGUUCAGUGUGUGUUUGUGGUUAUGCCUGUUUCCUUCUAAUAAUUAACAUUAAAUGUUGGGACCUGUUCUAUUUAUAGUUUAAAUGUUGUAUUUUUUUUUUAAAUUUCAUGUUCAAUCUGUCAGUCUCCGCACAACAUAUCCAGCCAAAAAAGAGAGAGGAGAUUUAAGAGGGAUAAACGCGUGUACAUGUUUAUGCAUAUGUGUUUACAUUCCCGCUGUCAGGACUGCUAAUCAGCCACAGCAGACAUUUAAAAUGAUUAUUUAUACAUGGGCAAUAAAUGGUUUUAAUUGUGUGAA